GUUUCUGAAGUUUAUCAACGUUUGAUGUGUGAUUAUUGAGAGCAUUUUCUUAAAGAUGACUGUUACUUGUACAGUCUUAUAGUCCACUUUAGACCCGGGAGUACGAAAUGGUGAAAAGAAAGGCACUGUUAUUUCUGUUGUCGUAUGUCGAAUGAUAAGUUACAGUUCAUCUUAUAAAAACGGUGCACUAAGCCAAACCGCUAGCCUAGUUUGUCCAUUUUGGCUAGUCUGAUAUGUUCAGUUAUGACCUGUUCGCCGGUGUAAACAAAUACACGAGGAGAAAACUGCGUAAAUAAAACCGUGCGUAAUGUGCUUAACCUUAUCUGCGUCUUCAUUUGACUAACUCGCCACAAUCAUCAACGGGCAAUUCCUCAGCGCUGUUCAUAAUGGAUCAGUAUCAUAUUUUGGAGGUUAUCGGAGAAGGAUCCUUCGGGCGAGUUUUUAAAGGCCGCAGGAGGUUUUGCGGCCAGGUCGUGGCGUUGAAGUUCAUUCCCAAAGUGGGCCGCUCAGAGAAGGAUCUGCGCAGUUUAAAAAGAGAGAUUGACAUCAUGAGGGGGCUUAAACAUGCUAACAUAGUACUGCUUUUAGACAGCUUUGAGACAGAGAGAGAGGUAGUGGUGGUGACAGAGUAUGCAGAGGGUGAGCUGUUUCAGAUCCUGGAAGAUGAUGGGAGUUUACCUGAGGGUCAGGUGCGUGAAAUAGCCUGCCAGCUUGUCUCUGCCCUGUACUAUCUACACUCGCAUCGCAUAUUGCACCGUGACAUGAAACCACAAAACAUCCUGCUAGGAAAAGGAGGAGUUGUAAAGCUCUGUGACUUUGGAUUUGCUCGUGCCAUGAGCGUGUCCACCCUUGUGUUGACCUCCAUUAAGGGGACUCCUCUCUACAUGUCCCCAGAGCUGGUGGAAGAGAAACCUUAUGACCACUCAGCUGACCUUUGGUCUCUGGGCUGCAUACUCUAUGAGCUCCACACGGGGGCGCCUCCGUUCUACACCAACUCCAUCUUUCAGCUGGUGCAGCUUAUUGUGAAAGACCCCGUAAAAUGGCCAGAGAACAUGAGCCAAGACUGUAUGAGUUUUCUAAAGGGAUUGUUGACGAAAGAUCCUCAGAAGAGACUCUCAUGGCCUGACCUGCUUCAUCACCCUUUUGUUGCAGAUGGAGUUUUAAUUGUGUCAGAUGAGGGUUCGAGCAACCCCCUGACAGUAACACCAAGCCCGGAUGUACAGGCCUUGAAGCAGCAGCAGGCUGCAGAGAAGACGACAGCACGUAGCGGAGAGGGCAAACUACUGCGCAAAGCUCGAGAGCUCAGAGAAAAAGAGAGGAAUAACAGACUGGAGAUAGCUGGGAAAGCUGCCCGCACCAGUCAGCCUCGCUGUAAGACAGCUUCUGCUGGAGGAGCCCCCACCACUGCCCACUCAUUGGGCAGCACCUUUUCAGUGUAUCAAAAUUCAUCUCAGCCAGCAACCAAUCAGCAUCAAGCAAAUGACAACAGUGUUACCAGGGUGUGCUCUGCUCCGCAUAAAGGCCAGAUCAGUAGAGACUAUGAAAGGGAGUUCCCUUCAGUAGAAGUGGGACCCAGGCAAGUUGCGAAGCGAUCUGGACAUGCACGGACCAGCCUGGCUUCUGUCAGGAUGGACAGUGAGGAACAAGAUGUUGACAGUGAUUAUGAAUGGCAGCAAUUGGCUGAAUUUGCUGAUCAGGCCUCUGUUAAACCUGCCAUCCUUCAGAGAUUAAAGACCAAACUUCUCUUAGCCAAAAAACAGCUGAUGGUCGAAAAGGGUGAAGAGCCCUCUUCAAUUCUAAAGCCACUAAAAGUCCUCAGGAACAUUAUUCAGAGCGGUCAGCCUGGAGAUGUUGACAAAGUGGGCAAGGAGUUGGAGCUUCCUUAUCUACUGUUCAGCCUGAUCGAGGACACCCUGAACAUUCCUGAUCUAAUGCAGGAGUCGCAGGGUGAAAUCCUAUUGGGAAAUCUGAUGAGUGUGCUCAUAAUGUAUCUGGAAAAGAGCCCGGACUGGGAGAUAAAGGGGAGGAGGGCUGAGGAUCUCUGUCAGCUAUUUAUAUCAGUAUUUCUCUGUCGAGACCCAAAACGUACAGCGCUUUUGGCAACAGCAGUCUUAACCUUGUUCGCUCGCCGCGGUAUAUCUGCAAAUGUCAGCACGGAAAGGCUUGCAGCCUUUUUGCAGAACAUUUUGACAGACACAGCAGAGAUUCACAACCCUUUACCUGCAGGCUGGGGCAUAUGUGAUGGCCUCCUGUCACUGAUUCUCUACAGACUAUCUGAUUGUGAAAGCAGCUCAUUGUGCGACUUCCAGUGCUGGGAGCUUUGGCCGUGCCUGUGGACUAAAGUGAACGCCGCACUGGAGAACACAACUCUUCAGGGAGCCCACUUCUCUGCUAAUGGUCUGUACGUGUUACUCUCUCUUACUUUAUUGGUUUUCUCAAGUGAUCCAUACAACUGUGUGGAUCUUAUCUCAAUUGUUUCUACAAACUGCUCCUCUGCCCUCAGUCACCUUCUUACUACCAAUUGCAGCACUGCGAUUCUUGAGAGUGGGUGUUUUUGGGGUGACACAGACAUAAACAGCCUGUCAGUGAUGAGCUGUCAUCUCCUCUGCAUCCCCUUCUCUCUGAGGUUGCCCCUUGAAAAACACGUGUCUGUUGUGCAGUCGUAUCGUAGGUCAAAUAUUGUUCCUGGAUUGAUGAAGAUGAUUCAAACUCUUCCCGUGGCCCUUGUGGAGCUUCCUCUGUGUCUUUUGAAUCGCCUGCUACUAUCUGACCCUCAGCACACUGCUCCAUGUCUUAUCAACGCAGCCCAGGCCUGUGCCUUCCUCCCUUACAACACCGAAAACUCUGACAAUGGAACAGAACACACUCUUAACCACUCUGGAAAUGGUGUGGAGCAAAUCAGGAGCAACGGUAAUGCAAAGAAAACCAAGAUAGAUCAGAUCAAAGCUAAGUCUAGAAAGAGGAUAGACCAACUUAAAGGUACACCUAAAACAAAAAAGGAUUCGCCAGAGGCUCAAUGUCAGUUGUCCAAAAGCGAAACCGAGAAGUUAAGGGAGAUGGUAGCACAACCAAAAACCAAGAGAUAUCAAAACCCGAGCAUUGAACUUUUUAGGGAUAGAUUAGAGCAGAGGAGUGGUUGCAUAGAGGUGCCUAUGGACAGUUUAGAGCUCCAUGACCAUUCUACAGGCCAUCUCCAAGAUCUCUCAGCUCAGCAAGGAAGUAACCUCAGCUGGCUUAUAGACAGUCUGGAUGAGCUGAGGAGAAGCAAUGAAUAUAGUAGGAGAAAUGGAGAUCACCCCAAAGUCCCCAUGGCACCGCAAAUACCCUCCCCAGAGGCAGAAGGUAGAACGGCAAGUUCUCUGUUGGCUGUGCUGCUACAAAGCAAACUUCUUUACGGCUGUGCGGUGGAACUUCUUAUCCUUCUCUCCCAACUCGUACCUUAUCUCACCCAUCACUCUCGUGCUUCUCUUCAUGUGGAAGCCACCCAACUACGACUUGCAUUGCAUCAUCAAGAUGACGGAAUCAGAAGUGCAUGUUGUAGCCUGGUGGGCCACCUGAUAUCAGGUGAAUCUGAGUUUGAUCCAAGCUGGAGCCUUGAUCCACAGAUAUUCCAGGACCUGUUGAGCUGCCUACGUGAUCCCGCUCCGUCUGUUCGUAGGAGUGCAUGCAAAGCUGUGGGAAACUGCUUGAGUCUAAUUGAAAAAACUGAUUUAAAUACUUCCAGGUUUAAAAAUACAACUGAGAGUAAAAAAGGAGCACAAGAAAAAUGGAGGAGAAUACCAGUAUUGGAGGGUAUCAGGCGAGGGCUGCCAGAAGGUUCUUCUGCUUUAAAGGGAAAAGCUGGUAGUGUGGGAGACAUAUGGAAAGAGGUUGCCAUAGGAGCAGCCCUUCCCCUCUUGUCUCUGCUAUCAGAUGAUGAUAACGUAAUUCGACAGCACUGCUGUGGGGCCUUGGGUAAACUGGCUGUUAUCGGUGGAGGGGACGGAGCGCUCCUCAGCGCAGACGCGCCACGCUUGCUUCUCCAGACUGCCUGUGAUGAUUCCCAUCAUGCAGUGCGACGGGCAGCUGUGGCCACUCUGCGUGUGUUUAGCCAACGAAACGCACUACUGCAGGCUCUGAGGUCUCUAGAUGCAGGAAGAAAACUUUGUCACACAUCUCAAAGCUCUGCAUUUCACAGGGAUUAUCAAUGGCUUGUCAGCAAAUUGGAUGGGAUCAUUGAAGGAAAACCAUAGACCUCAACUUUACAAUUUGUGUGAAUAAAAAGAAUGUAUUUACCUAAAGAUCUUUUAGUAAAUGUGGAUGGAUAUUCCAAUACUUACAUUUACAAUUAAUGCGUUGCAGCAUUCUUCUGUGGCUAGGAAAGCUGCUUGUGUUUAUAUUGAUUUGAUCUAUGAUCAAAAGAAAUUCACUGAAAAAAUGAAUUUGUAUUUUGAAAAAUUGACAACAUCCUAUAAUGUAUCCCCAUUCUGUAGCGUUGUAUCAUUUUGUAGAUUUAUUUGUUGUUUUAAAUGCUUUCCUGUUUUAUUCACACCGUUAUGUUUUGUUUGAAUAAAGCCGCAUUUAUACAGUA